GGAAGAAUCUGCACGCCUUCCAGCACUAUGUCAUCAAGACUCUGGACCCUACCUAUAUCCUGAGCUACAUGUCGCCCUGGUUUAAAGACGAUAGCCUUGAGAAGACACAAAGAGAAUGUCGUGUGAAGACAGAGACAGAGAUUGGAGUGAUGCAGCCACAAGCCACAGAAUGCUGACAGCCACCAGGAGCUGGAAGGGAAGAAGGUUGUAUUGUCCCUUAGAGCCUUCAAAGGAAGAGUGGCCCUUCCAACAUCUUGAUUUCAGACUUCUGGUCUCUAGAACUGUAAGAAAAUGUGGUGCAGCAUAUUCAGGCUGAGAAAAACAAUAAAGGCCCGAUGGAGGCUGCCUCACUUUUCCUUAAGCUCCUGUUAGAGCUGCAGGAAGAAGGCUGGUUCCGUGGCUUUCUGGACGCCCUUACGCACGCAGGUUAUUCUGGACUUUAUGAAGCCAUUGAAAGUUGGGAUUUCCAAAAACUUGAAAGAUUGGAGGAGUAUAGGUCACUUUUAAAGCGUUUGCAACCAGAAUUUAAAACUACAGUUAAUCCAAAAGAUAUCCUUCCUGAAGUAUCUAAAUGUUUAAUUAGUCAGGAAUGUGAAGAAAUUAUGCAGAUUUGUUCCAACAAGGGGUUGAUGGCAGGUGCAGAGAAAAUGGUUGAAUACUUUCUCAGAUCGGACAAGGAAAACUGGCCCAAAACUUUGAAACUUGCUUUGGAGAGAGAAGAGAGCCAGUUCAGUGAACUCUGGACUGUGGACAAAGGUGCAAAGAAUGUUGAAAUGAAAGUUCUUGAGGAUGAUGAAAUGGAAACUUCUGACAUACAGAUUUUCUAUAAGGAAGAAUCUGAAUGCCAAAAUCUUAGUCAGAACUCAUGUCCAUCUUCAGAAGUCUCUCAUAUUUACACCCCAAUGAAGCUAAGAAAUUACCAACAAGAGCUCGCUUUGCCUGCUAUGGAAGGAAAAAACUCAAUAAUAUGUGCUCCUACAGGUUGUGGAAAAACAUUGGUUUCACUUUUUAUAUGUGAACAUCAUCUUAAAAAAUUGCCUCAAGGACAAAAAGGGAAGGUUGUCUUUUUUGCUAACCAACUCCCAUUGUAUGAACAGCAGACAUCCGUGUUCUCAAACUAUUUUGAAAGACUUGGGUACAAAGUUGCAGGUGUUUCUGGAGCUACAUCUGAGAAUGUCUCAGUGGAACUCAUUGUUGAGAACAAUGACAUCAUCAUUUUAACUCCACAGAUCCUUGUGAAUAGCUUUAAAAAUGGAACGAUUCCAUCACUCUCUGUUUUUACUUUGAUGAUAUUUGAUGAAUGUCACAACACUGGGAAACACCAUCCUUAUAAUAUGAUCAUGUUUAAUUAUCUAGAUCAGAAACUUGGAGGAUCUUCAGACCCACUGCCUCAGGUCAUUGGGCUGACUGCCUCGGUUGGCACUGGGGAUGCCAAGAACACAGCAGAAGCCAUGGAAUAUAUCUGCAGACUGUGUGCUUCUCUUGACACAUCAGUGAUAGCAACAGUCAAAGACAACUUGGAGGAACUGGAAGAAAUUGUUUACAAGCCCCAAAAGUUUUUCAGGAAAGUAGAAUCACGGACUACUGACAGAUUCAAAUGCAUCAUAUCUCAGCUGAUGAGGGAGACAGAGAGUCUGGUGAAGAGUGUCUUUGAUGAAAUCGGCACCAUAAGUCUCGAAAACAUGUCUCAUAUUCAAUAUAGGGAAUUUGGAACACAGAAAUAUGAGCAAUGGAUCAGUACUUUUCAGAAAGCAUGCUCAGUGUUUCAGUUGCCUGACAAAGAUGAAGAGAGCAGGAUUUGUAAAGCACUGUUUUUGUACACUUCCCAUUUGCGGAAAUAUAAUGAUGCCCUCAUUAUCAACGAGGAUGCACGAAUGAAAGAUGCUCUGGAUUACUUGAAAAACUUCUACACCAAUGUCCGAGCAGCAGGAUUUGAUGAAACUGAGCAAGAUCUCACUCGGAGAUUUGACGAAAAGCUGCAGGAACUGGAAAGUGUUUCUGUGGAUCCCAGCAAUGAGAACCCAAAACUCAACGAUCUCUGCUUCAUCUUGCAAGAGGAGUACCACUUAAACCCAGAGAGUAGAACCAUUCUCUUUGUGAAAACCAGAGCACUUGUGAAUGCUUUGAAGAAAUGGAUUGAAGAAAAUGCUGAACUCAGCUUUCUAAAACCUGGCAAAUUGACGGGACGGGGCAAAACAAAUCAGAACAUAGGGAUGACACUCCCAGAGCAGAAGUGUGCAUUGGAUACAUUCAAAACUAAUGGAGAUAAUAAGAUUCUGAUCGCCACCUCCGUUGCUGAUGAAGGCAUUGACAUUGCUGAGUGCAAUUUGGUCAUCCUGUAUGAGUAUGUGGGCAAUGUCAUCAAAAUGAUCCAAACUAGAGGCAGAGGAAGAGCAAGAGGUAGCAAGUGCUUCCUUCUGACUAGUAAUGCCGUUGUGAUUGAAAAAGAAAAAACAAACCUAUACAAAGAAAAAAUGAUGAAUGACUCCAUUUCAAUGCUUCAGACAUGGAAUGAAGCAGUAUUUAAAGAAAAGAUUCUCCAGAUACAGAUUCAAGAAAAACUCAUCAGGGAUAGUCAAGGAAAAGUAGAACCUGUACCUGAUAAGGAAAAUAAGAAACUGCUCUGCAGAAAGUGCAAAGCCUUUGCGUGUAACACAGUUGAUAUCAGAGUUGUGGAGGAAUGCCAUUACACUGUGGUUGGAGAUGCUUUCAGGAAUUGCUUUGUGAGUAAACCACACCCCAAAGCAAAGAGCUUUGGACAUUUUGAGAAGAGAGCAAAGAUCUACUGUGCCAGACCGAACUGCAGCCAUGACUGGGGAAUCCAUGUAAAGUAUAAGACAUUUGAGAUUCCACUUAUAAAAAUAGACAGUUUUGUGGUGGAGGAUAUUGUAACGGGAGCUCAGAAACUAUACACAAAGUGGAAGGACUUUCAUUUUGAGAAGAUACCAUUUGCUGCUAACGAAAUGCUCAUAUGACCUGGGUGUCUCAUUCUUCAGCUACAGGGAAUGGAUGACCUUGACUGCAGAAAUUAGCCUCAGUGGGUACAGUCACCUAUUGCUUGUACCAUUGUGCCGGUGUUUUGUCCAAGGCUUGUAUUGAACUAAAUUAUCCCUUAACUUCACCCUCUGUAAUUGUUUUCUACAGGCCAAUAAAGCUCUAAGUACUUGGUAAAAAUUAAAAA